UCAGCGGUCAGAAGAAUCUGGUGUUAAGGGCAGAGUUAGGCGUGUGCCAGGUCGCUAAUGGGAAUAGAAAGGGCUCAGGACUAAUAAACCUCUGGUUAAACAUCGCUCCGCUCGCAGGGCUAGCGCUACUGAGGAACCACUGAGGAACCUGUUCUCAGAGUGGAUAGUAGAGGACAGACACAGGAUAUACACCCUGACAAAGGCCCUCGGAGGCAGAUGUUCAGCAGCGGCCCCAGCAGCCAGGAGUUGGACACUCUGGUCGGCUUAGCAAGAGUCGCACCGUAGACGCGUUUGGAGAGGGCCCCACUGGCAGGCCGGCCCCUGGCCGCAGUCCCUCGUCCCUCAGCCUCUUAGAGUCCCGAUUCAGGCAGGAGCCUAAGGACCCGGAGAAGAAAACAGGCAUGUUUGGCUCCAGCUUCCUGAGUGGGGCCAACCCGCUUAACGCUGUCUCGUCCAUGACGUCCCAGGUGUCCUCUGGAAUGUCCUCCAUGUCCUCCGAGGUCACCUCCAUGGGCUCCGGGGUCAACAUGCCCUCAUUUGGCCUGUUUGACAAGGAAGAGAAGCCUGGAGAGAAGCCCCAAGGUGGGCCCCCAGGGCCGGGCAGCAAGGGCCCCCAGCAGGGGGGGCCAAGACCCCCUGGCCCUGGACAAGGGCCCAGACCCCCUGGGCAGCAAGGGCCCAGACCCCCUGGGCAGCAAGGGCCCAGACCCACUGGUCAAGGACCCCCUGGGCAGCAAGGGCCCAGAACCCCUGGCCCCGGACAAGGGCCCAGACCCCCCGGGCAGCAAGGGCCCAGACCCCCUGGUCAAGGACCCCCCGGUCAGCAAGGGCCCAGACCCCCUGGUCAAGGACCCCCUGGCCAGCAAGGACCCAGACCCCCUGUCUCUGGACAAGGGCCCCCUGGGCAGCAAGGACCCAGACCCCCUGUCUCUGGACAAGGGCCCCCUGGGCAGCAAGGGCCCAGACCACCUGGUCAAGGCCCCCCUGGGCAGCAAGGACCUAGACCCCCUGGCCCCGGUCAAGGGCCCCCUGGGCAGCAAGGACCCCCUGGCCCCGGUGCACAGCCAAGCGGGCCAGCUAAAGCUGGGGGUCCCCCUGGUCCACAAGGCCCUGGUAAACCACCUGGAGGUGGACUGUGUCCGCUGUGCAAGAGUACCCAGCUCAACGUGGGCUCCAAGGAGCCGCCCAACUACAGCAACUGUACCAUGUGUAAGAACCAGGUGUGCAGCCUAUGUGGAUUCAGCCCCCCAGACUCAGAGGGCAAAGAGUGGCUGUGUCUCAACUGCCAGAUGCAGAGGGCUAUGGGUGGUAUGGAUGACCCUCCUAUGAUGGGCAAGGGCUCUGCCCCUCCUUCACCCUCAAGGAAAGACCCUGGAAAAGAUGGCAAGAAGCCCAAUCUACUGAUUAAGCAGCAGAGCAUCUCCGACAGAGGCUUAACCCCUCCAACCACGCCCAAACAGAAAUCCCCCGGCCCAUCUUCCCCGAAAGGCAGCCCCCAGCCCUCACCGGCCAAAAGUAAACAGGAGUCCAGCUUCUUCGGGGGCCUGGGGGGCAUCAGCCUAGGGGGACUCACCGACGUGGCCAAGCCUCCAGCCGCUGCCUCCCAGGCGGCCGAGUCCAUCACGGGAACAAUGUUCAGUGGCUUUGGUGGGUUCACUGGAUCAGCCAAACCUGAUCGGGCCAAAGCCGCUGCUGGUCCCCAAAAAACAGCAGAGUCGGUGACGGGAAAGAUGUUCAGCGGGUUCGGUGGUUUUACCGAGACAGCCAAGCCCCCGGCGGCUGCCUCCCAGAUGUUCGGCUUUGGCUCGUCCAUCUUGAGCUCGGCCACCAACCUCAUGACCACCGACUCUGUGGACUCUGUGGAUGAGAAAGCUGGUUCUCCUGCCGAUUCUCCUGCCGGUUCUCCUGCCGGCUCUCCCCCAGACUCCCCCUUCUCUGCCCCCGGUUCUCCCCCCAGUUCUCCACCGGACUCUCCCUUCUCCGCUCCCGGGUCUCCCCCCGACUCAGACAGCCCUGACACCCCGCCUGCCUUCAAGAAGGCCCCCAAACGUGCCGUCUCCCUGCUGAAGGACCAGAAGUCCAUUGAAGCAGAGCCCCCCGCAGAGCCUCUGAAAGCGGGGGAGCCGCCUACUCCGGCCCCAGGCUCGGGGGCCCAGGAAAACUGCCCUCUGUGUAAGGUGGAGCUGAACGUUGGAUCAGCAGACACCCCUAACUACAGCAACUGCACUGAGUGCAAGAAGAGUGUGUGCAACCUGUGUGGCUUCAACCCCACACCUCAUCUUGGUGAGAAAGAAUGGUUAUGUCUCAACUGCCAGACCCAAAGAGCUCUCUCUGGCCAGCUGGGCGAUAUACCCCCUCCACCAUCUCCUGUGAAGAAGCAACUACCCACAGCUACCCCUACCCCUCCUGCCUCCCCUGCCAAAGUCCCUGCCUCCCCAGCUGCUGCUGCUGCUGCCUCUCCAUUAACAAGAAGCCCCUCAGUUACUCAGGCAGAGGCAGCAGCAGCAGCAAAGGAAGACACCCAGACGCUUUCCAUGUCCAAGGUAGUAACAGAACGCACCCCGCCCCAAACACCAGACGCUGCGUCUGCAAACACAGACACCACACCCAUCCCACCUGAGCAUGCCACCCCUCCCUCUGAUAGUGUCCCAGAGGAGAAAGACCCAGAGCAGGCUGAAACGAUGGAAGCUAUAUCUGAGACUAUACUGGAUGAGCCUGUGCCAGAGAGUGUAGUGGAGAGUGCUGUCGAAGCCUCAGCAGUGGAGAAAGACCCUGAGCAGGCUGAAGCGAUAGAAGCUAUAUCUGAGACUAUACUGGAUGAGCCUGUGACAGAGAGUGUAGUGGAGAGUGCUGUCGAAGCCUCAGCAGUGGAGAAAGACCCAGAGCAGGCUGAAGCGAUGGAAGCUAUAUCUGAGACUAUACUGGAUGAGCCUGUGCCAGAGAGUGUAGCAGAGAGUGCUGUCGAGGCCCCGGUAGUGAAUCAUCCAGAGAGUAUGCCAGAGAAAGUUACAGAAGAACAGUCACCACCCGACACUACUCAGGCAGAAUCAGAUUUCCAGCCUGCAGUUGUAGAGGAGCCUGUCAUUGCCCCCCCUGUAGAGAAUGAGUCAGAAAAGCCUGUUGAGGCUGCACCCGAGCCAACUCCAAGCCCAGAUACAGUGCAGAGUGAGUCUACAGCAGAGCAGAUCUCACCGUCUCUCUCUGCAGGUAGUGAGAAAGAGGAGCCCAUCCUAGAGAAGGUUCUUGAAGAGGAAGCUAAGCCGGUAGAGCCAGAGGUGAUUCCAACACCUGAAACGGUCACACAGGAAACUACUGUCCAACCUGACCAAUCACCAGAGCCUGUACCGCCAGCUCCUGUAGUCACUGAGGAGGAAGGGAAAGCAGUGGUGAUUGAGGAAGAACCUAGCCAUCCACCUAAAGCUGAGGAGACAGCUCCUACACCUCCUGCAGUCACCGAGCAGGAGGAGAAACCUAAAGGGCCAGAGCCUCAAGCAACUACUGUUGAACAGCCUCCAACUGAGGUGUCUUCAGUACAUACAGGUCCAGUAGCAGAGAGUUCAGCUGUGGAGACGGCUGUGGAGACUAAGAUGCCAAAGGUGGCUCCUGCUCCACCAGUUAAGAUUGUAGAGAAUUCGGCCUCAGCUCCCGAAGCCCCUAAUGAGCCGGUAGAGGAUUGUACAUCUCCCAAACCAGCAGAGCUAGAGCCUGUGCCUUCACAAAAAGAGGAGGUGCCCCCUGCGGUAGAAGAAACUCCCCCUGUAGUUGCUGAGAGUGAACAGCCUAAAGAGGUAGAGACUGUUCCACAAACUGAGGCAGUUGAGUCUGUAGCCACAUCUCCUCCUCUAUUUACUGAUAAAGUUGAGGAGAAGCCUGUAGAGAAGGAGGCAGACCCAAUUCUGCCAGCCCAAUUUGAGGAGAAGCCUGUAGAGAAGGAGGCAGAUCCAAUUCUGCCAGCCCAAUUUGAGGAGAAGCCUGUAGAGAAGGAGGCAGAGGCAAUUUCGCCAGCCCAAGUUGAGGAGAAGCCUAUAGAGAAGGAGGCAGAGCCAAUUCCGCCAGCCCAAGUUGAGGAGAAGCCUAUAGAGAAGGAGGCAGAGCCAAUUCAGCCAGCCCAAGUUGAGGAGAAGCCUGUAGAGAAGGAGGCAGAGCCAAUUCAGCCAGCCCAAGUUGAGGAGAUGCCUGUAGAGAAGGAGGCAGAGCCAAUUCAGCCAGCCCAAGUUGAGGAGAAGCCUGUAGAGAAGGAGGCAGAGCCAAUUCAGCCAGCCCAAGUUGAGGAGAAGAAGGCAGAGCCAAUUCAGCCAGCCCAAGUUGAGGAGAAGCCUGUAGAGAAGGAGGCAGAGCCAAUUCCGCCAGCCCAAGUUGAGGAGAAGCUUGUAGAGAAGGAGGCAGAGGCAAUUCAGGCAGCCCAAGUUGAGGAGAAGGAGGCAGAGCCAAUUCAGCCAGCCCAAGUUGAGGAGAAGCCUGUAGAGAAGGAGGCAGAGCCAAUUCAGCCAGCCCAAGUUGAGGAGAAGCCUGUAGAGAAGGAGGCAGAGCCAAUUCCGCCAGCCCAAGUUGAGGAGAAGCCUGUAGAGAAGGGGGCAGAGCCAAUACCGCCAGCCAAAGUUGAGGAGAAGUCUGUAGAGAAGGAGGCAGAGCCAAUUCCGCCAGCCCAAGUUGAGGAGAAGCCUGUAGAAAGUGAGGCAGGAGUAAAGAAAGUACCAGAGGCUUCUCUUGCACCUCCUGCUGCUGAACCAGAAAACGUUAGCCCUGAGAGAGAUGCCGAAAGGACAGAGUCAGAAACAGUGGUUGAACCCAGCCCAGAAGUCAAAUCCGAGGAGUCAGUUUCACCAUCCCCUUUUGAGAAAAAAGUCCCUGAACAGCUCCCAGAACCUGAACCACAAUCAGCUAAAGUUGAUCAGAUCCCACCUCAGGAGGCUGUAGAAGCUCCAGCACCAGUAGUAGAAAAAAACACAGAUGAAACUGAGGCUGGAGCAGAACGUGUAGGUCCGGAGGAGGAAAAUCUGACAUCUGUGGAUACCAAGGUUGAACCAGAGCCAACAGCCGAUAAUAAGGCUGAAAAAGCCCAGGAUGAGUCUACUCCCCCAGCUUCUGAAGCUAAAGAGCAAGAAAAGGUCAAAACAGAGCACUUAGAACAAGCUAUAGAGGCAUCGUCACUAUCAUCUGCUGCUAGUGAGCCACAAGCCCCUGAGAACGUUUCUGAGGAGAAACCCACACAGGAAGGAGAAGAAGCUGGCAGCAUAGCUGAAAAUAAACAAGAGGUGUCUAUAGCUGAGAGUAGGGAGCCAACUCCUACUGUGUGUGAUGAGAAAGCAGUGCAAGAGAAAGAAUUAUCCAAAGAAGAUGAAUCUGAGCAAACUCCAAAGACAGACUCUGUGUCUGAGAGCAUUCAGCCAGAGAAAGAGAAAGUGGUUGUGUCACCACCUGUAGUUAGUGAAAAGCAGGAACCUAUUUCAGUAUCAGAGGUGAAAGCUGUGAGUGACAGAGAGGGCAGCGUAGAAGACAAAACAACACCAGAGCAGACUAAAACAUCUGAAACUGUAUCUAGAAAUGUGUCUAUAGCCCCAGCCCCUGUAGUAGAACCUGACACCCUAGUCCCUGUAGUUGGUAAACAGGACGAAGACAAACCCCUGAAUGAAGAGAAGUCAAUGCCUGAAAUUCAAGGGAUAAUAGAGGCUGAAGUGGAUGCAGUUGGAGAGGCAACGCUGAAAGACCCUGGAGAAAAAAACACAGUCGCCAAGGAUAGCAGUCCCACCAGCCCCUCAGACCUUGCUAAGCUGGAGAGCACUGUCCUUCCCAUACUAGAGGCCCAGGCUACACAACCAAAGGACAAUUCGGACAAACUGACCGACUCACUCAAGACCAGACGCAAACUUGAGGUGCUACCCCUCUCACCUGAAUCUCCCAGCACAGAGGAUGACCCAGAACUCUCAGAGAAGAAGGACGCCUCAGCAAAGAAAAAGCUGCUGGUGCCAACAGACAUCAGGGGUGACUCGUUGGAGGACAGCAGUGAGAGCUUAGGGAAAGAUAGUCCCAUGUCAGGGGAUGACGAAGACUUCAUUCGUAAACAGAUCAUGGAGAUGAGUGAGAACGAGGAUGCUUCGCCGUCCGACGAAGAAAACCUCAUCCGGCGAAAGAUCCGAGAUCAUGACAGGAAACGAAUGGAGCAGGAGAAAGGGGAGGGGAAGGAGAGAAGUGCAAUGGCAAAAGGCAGGCGGCUCCUCAAGAAGAACACCAUCAGCCCUGAGGACGAAGAUGAGCGGAAACUCUCACUGGAUAAACCUGACAAGGCAUGGAAAGAGGGAUCGGAACCCAAAGUCUCAGACUCUCAGGAAGGGGAACAGCCUUCGGCAGAUAGAGUCGUGGCAGUACGCCAAUUCAGAACCAUCGAGCUCAACACGACUACCACCCCUGUGCGCAUACCGGGUACGUCAGAUGAUGGAGAACUUGAGAUGGAAAGCCUCACCAACUCCCCUGAUGAUCGCUCCAGGGGCGAUGGGUCCUCCAGCCUGCACGCAUCCAGCUUCACCCCUGGGACAUCGCCUACAUCCCUGUCCUCUUUGGAUGAGGACAGUGACAGCAGUAGUCCCAGCCGCAUGCACAGUGGCGAGGGGAAACAGCACAGGAAAGCGAAGCAUAGACAACAAGGCCAAGGUCUACCCACCAUCGAAGACUCUUCUGAGGAAGAGGAGUUACGAGAGGAGGAGGAGCUGCUAAGAGAACAGGAGAAGCAGAAAGGCUCUGGGAAGAAGUCGAAGAAGGACAAAGAGGAGAUCAGAGCUCAGAGGAGGCGGGAGCGUCCCAAAACGCCGCCCAGCAACCUCUCUCCCAUUGAAGAUGCCUCCCCGACAGAAGAGCUGAGGCAAGAGGCAGAGAUGGAGGAGUUCAGGCGAUCAUCUUUAUCCGAUUUCUCUCCCAGCAUCGAGUCAGAACCAGAGGGAGUUGAGAUCAAUGCUGCAAAGAUUGCAGCAGUACAGAAAGUAUACCAACUUCCUACAUCUGUUUCUCUCUACUCUCCAACAGCUGAUCAAGGUGCUAAUAAAAGCCCUGAAAAACGAGCCCUGAAAACUGCAGACGAAGCCUACGAAGAGAUCAUGCUAAAGGCUAGAACACCCACAAAGGAAAAGGUGGACAUCCCUCCGGGGAAAGAGUCCCUCUAUGGUGGGAUGCUGAUAGAAGAUUAUGCCUAUGAGUCCCUUGUUGAUGAAAAUGGAAAGAAAGUCCAGCAGCAGAAGUCUGAGAAAAUCUCAGUGCCAGCUCAGCCCAAAAUACUGAGAUCUCCAGAUGAGGUUUACGAAGACAUGAUGGAGAAGAAGAAAGAAUUCAUGCAGCUGGAGCAGGAACUGAAAAAAGCACAGUCCGUGUCAGAAAGACCCACACCAGAGAUCGUAUUGCAACCCACUGAGCCAACCAGCUCCACGAGUGUUACAGUUACUAUAGGCAAGGAUGGGAAACCACUGCUCGAUGCUGAGGCUGCGUAUGAGGAACUCAUGAAGAAAGUUCUGACUCCUGGGACUAGCCCGACACAGCAAGGUCCUGAUAUAUCUGGGGCGGCCCCUGGUGGUGAGUUCGAAGGCACUGAAUCCAGAAGGGCUCUGCGUCCCAUACCAGACCUGAGGGUUACACAGUGCUCCUCAGGGGAGGAGGACGCUGAUGAAGAGGCCACUGAGACCAAAAGUCAAGAUAAGCCAAAGACUUCAUCAGACAUUCCUAAAGCUGAUCAGACACCCUUAACAGCUGCUGCAGAAACUGAGUCCAAAUCAGUUGCUUGCAAGGUCCCCUCAUCAACAACUUCAGACCAACCACAGACCCACAUUGAAACUUCCCAGGCUGACCAGCCUCUGGACAUAACCCAACAGGAUGUCAUGGACUUGUCUAGUAUGAAGUCCUCAGCCCCUGCUGUUGCCAGUGUAUCGCCCUUACCCACCCUCCCUCAGUACACCCCCACUGUCCCCAGUGUAGUGUCAACCACCCCACCAGUACCCCCCAAACCAGCCAUCCUGCACAGGGCUCUGUCUCAGGAAAAAGCAGACAUUCCUGAACCCCCUCCACUGCCCCCUCCCACCAUGCCAAAGCCAUCGGUUUACCCCAGGAAACCCCCUGUUCCGCUGCCAUCUCAGGCUAUAAUCAGGUCAGAGCAUGUUGCCAUGACAACAGCCCAAGGGUCGCCGGUAAGACAGCCUCAUGUCCCCCCACCGGUUCCUCCAAAGCCAGCCAUCCCUGCUGGAAUGGGGUACAGCCACAGGCCAGGGGAAAACAUCAAACCACCCCUUGCUCCAAAACCUGUCUCUCAGCAUGGCUCUCCUGCCCACAUCCAAUGUCCAAGACCCACUGCCCUCCACACAGGCCAUGCUGAUAUAGCCCUGAAUCUGAGCCCCACAGCUGAAAGCAGGCCAGGUCACUUCUCAGGUCAUUCCUCGGGUCACUCCUCGGGUCACCCAUCCCCCACUUCUCCGCGAUACGGCAAUCGACACGAAACUUAUGUGGUUAUAACUCUGCCAUCCCAGCCCAGCUCUCCAGUGGAAGGGAUCACCACCCAGGCCCCAUCCAGUCCAGGUCCAGCAUCUCCUUCAAGACAUGCCCAACCUCCACCUCAACCUCAAACACAGUAUCAACCACAUCCUCAACCCCAGAAACAACCACAGCCACCUCCACCACACACAAAUAGGGUGCCCCUGGCAUUCACUCGCAUCACUGAGUCCAUGGAAAGUCAAGAGAUAUGUGGGCCAGAGAAAGUUGUGUCAAGCUCCUGUCAUGUCAUUGAGGCUAUUUCAGCAUCCGCUCCACCCCCAGAGGUCAGGUUAGGGCAGGUCACUCAGUUUGUGACGACAGAAGUUCAAAGAACCAUGGUGUCUGUCCGACACGAAAGGUCGCCGCCCCCACCUCCAGCCCCAAGAGCGAACGGUGUUCCAAUCUCACUGGAGAAACCUAAACCACAACAGACACAGAGUCCACAGGGCUACCAGCCAGGGGAGGUAGUAGACCUUCGUACCAUGAAGGUGAAUUCAGAAUCGGCCAUGAAAGUGGUGGAUCUGUCUUCGUCAGAUGUUAGACGCCAGUCCUUGGCCACAGACAUCAACAGUCGUCAGACAAGUGCAGUGCAGUCCCCAGUGGUCAAUCUCAGCACUGAGUCGACCAGUGUUUCCAUAGUGACUGACAGCAUCACCAUAGUUACAUGUGCUGCCACCAUACAAAGUUACGAAAAUACCAACAUAUCCCAAGUCCCUUCUCUGCCCCUUCAGCUUACAACCACAAACAAAGCCUUCGAGCCUGUUUGUCAGAUCAUCUAUCGGCCCAUAGAUGCACAGCCCACAACCAGCAACAAUGCUGAGAUCCCGAUUAACCUUUCUGUAGGACCUGGUACAGGCUUAGGGACAUUCCAGACACCUGUCACUAUCGCCCCUACCCCUGCCCCAGGGUGUGUGGCUAAUGGUCUGAGCAGCGGGAUGCCGACAGUAGCAGGUGCAGUGGACCUUAGCACAGCCAAACCCUUCAACACCGUGGUUUCGGUCGACGCUUCCUCCGCAGAAGUGGUCACGGCUGUGAUCAUAGAAGAGGAUGGGAAACCCGUGGACCUGACGGCUGGGAGAAGAGCCGUCUGCUGUGAUGUUGUCUACAAGCUGCCAUUUACAGGUAGCUGCACCACCCAGCAGCCCACUACGCCAUUGCCCGAAGACCGCUUCGGCUACCGAGACGACCACUACCAAUACGACCGCUCACCCUACAACAUGAGGGGCUUCGGUUGCAUCAAACCCUCCAUGUCCGACACCAAUCUGGCUGAGGCCGGGCUUUUUCUCUAUAAGAGCAAGAACAGUUACAAUUUCCAUGGCACCACAGAGGGUGCAGUAGACCUGACAUCCUCCAAGACAUCUGAUGCAGGUGUAGCUUUGGACUUCUCCACCAAAGGCUCAGGGUUAUAUUCAGGAAUGAUAAUCCCCCCAUAUUCCCAAGCCAGAGUCAAUGGAGCUGUUGGGACACACUUUGGCACGAGCAGUGUCCUGAGAUCCUCCAAUGGGGUGGUGUACUCUUCAGUCUCAGUACCAGUCCCAUCGCCCUAUGCCAUCACCACACAACCUGGGUCCAUAUUUAGCACCACUUACAACUCCCUGUCGGCGGGCAUGCACACCAGCGACACCAUGCCAUCCCUGUCCACUCUCCAGAACCAGCCCAUGACUCGGUCCAACAGCUUCAUCUCCACCACCUCUGCAGAUGAUCAAGGGGACGUCCCCCUCAACCUGGAGCUCGCUAAAGAUGGCAUAUCCACCUCCACGGCCCUCACCACCAAAACGGUCACCCUGGCCCUGGAAAGGCUGGACUCGUACACGGACGCGUCCCUGGAGGCUAUCGCCGCCUCGCUGGAGGCCCUGUCCUCGCCCUGUGUGCCAGGGGAGGGCCAGUACCAGAUGCAGCGUGAGAUUCUGGAGAUGGAGAAGUUCAAACAGCAGCGGUUGGCUGAAGAACUGGAGUGGGAGCGUCAGGAGAUCCAGCGCUUCCGCGAGCAGGAACAGAUGCUGGUGCAGAAGGAGCUGGAAGAGCUGCAGUCCAUGAAGCAGGCCAUCCUGUGCCAGCAGGAGGAUGAGCGCCAGGCCCACCUCAUGAUGCAAAAGGAAACCUAUGCCCAGCAGCAGCAGCAGCUAGAGCAGAUCCAGAGGCUCCAGGAGCAGCUCCGGGCACAACUGGAGGAGCAGAAGUUCCGGAAGAUGUACCCGGGGGAGGUGUUGCUGGGGCACGGCCAGCAGGAGGCAGUCGUCCUGGGGCCGGACGGCACCGAGCUGGCCCGGAAAAUCAUGGAUAGUGGGUGUCAGACGGAUGACGAGGACAGUGUUGUCGAUAAAGCCUACACGGCGGGGAGGAAGAAGAGAAGCACGGCCAAGAAGAGCGUAGACAGCUGCGUGCAGACGGACGAUGAGGACCAGGAGGAGUGGGAGCCUGCUCGGGCCAGACGUAGCAGGCCUCGCACGUCAAGGGGGGACAGAGGCGGACAGACUUCCGAUAUGUCCAUUCAGGCUCACUCUGAGAUCUCCAUACAGACAGACUCUGCGGGGAAUGUAAGAAUGGACGCCAGGAUGGAGCUCUCCGACUCGGAAAGUCCACAUUGGGAAGACAAGAGACGGCCCACGCCCUUGGAGAUAGAACAGUCUGGCCACCUCAGAGCUGACCCCUCCUCACUUCAGGCCCCGCCCAAAUCCCCCAAUGUUCUCUACUCUCCCAUAUCUCCCUGCAUAUCCCCGAGCAAAUCCCUUGAGUUUGUGUCCUAUGAGAAAUCAUUGGGUGAUACAAGCCCACAGAGAAUAAGAGGGAGUACUGAUCCGACCAAAGUUUCUCCAACCGGCAGCCCCAAGGGACCUAAGGCCAUGCAGAGAUCCAUGUCCGACCCCAAGCCCAUGAGUCCCACUGGAGAGGAGAGGGCAUCAUCCAGUUUCCAGUAUGGCGACGGUUACUCCGGAAAAAGCUCGUCGGGCAGCACCCCAACUGGCACCGGCAAGAAGGUGAAAAGGACCCUGCCCAACCCGCCCUCGGAGGAGGAGGCAACAGCCGCCGGCCAGACGGCCUACAGCACUGGCUCGGCCCGCCGUCGCAUGUGCCGCAACACCAACAUGGCGAGGGCCAAGAUCCUGCAGGAUAUCGACCGUGAGCUGGAUAUGGUGGAGCGUGAGUCGUCCAAGCUCCGCCACAAGCAGGCGGAGCUGGACGAAGAAGAGAAGGAGAUCGACGCCAAGCUACGCUACCUGGAGAUGGGCAUCAACCGCAGGAAAGACGCCCUCCUCAAGGAGAGGGAGAAGAGGGAGCGGGCCUACCUGCAGAGCGUGGCCGAGGAUCGUGACUACAUGUCAGACAGCGAGGUCAGCAACAUCCGGGAGACACGGAGCGGCCGCGGCAGUGGAGAAGAUGAAGAGAUUGGAAGCCACGGGCUGGAGCGCCCCAGGACGGCACCCCAGUCAGAGCUGGAUGAUUUUGUGCCACCACAGACCACACACGAGGCCCAGUAUGGCACAUACUCCCAGUACCAGUACCCACUGAGCCAGACGCUGUACCAGCAGCAGUCACUUUACCAGUCCCCCCAGUCCUACCAGUCUCAGUCCAUCUACUCCUCAGUCCCCUCCCUGUCUAGCUCCCAGCAGCAGAGCUACCACCAGAUGCUCCUUCUCCAGCAGAAGGCAGCCAGGCAGGCGGCCCUGAUCCAAGAGUUGGACGCGUCGUCAAAGUACGAAGUCAUCAGCCGACAGCCCGACCCCGUGUCCUCUGCCUACAUGGGAGGGGUCAGGUACGACAAGUACGGUAACCACUUGGACCUCCGGGCCCUGGAGGUGGGGGGCAGUAUGGCUGGCAGCCCCAUGUCCAACGUGUCGGCCGACUCCUUCUAUGGAGACGUGGAGCACCACCACCACACUCCACGAAGCUACGUCCUCCUAGAAGAUGCGGCAGAGCUGGCCAAGAGCUCCACGAGUCUGGCUUCAUCCAGCUACGCCCAGGCUGAGAAGGAGCUGGCUAAAGCAGAAAGGCUGUUGCGAAGAAGUGCAGCCGACUUAACCUCCACCGACUACCUGGGCUCCAGCUCCAGGCUCCACUCCGGGUAUGGAAAGACCCCAGACGAUGAGGACUCCAUGGAUGACCCCUACGAGCUGAAGCUCCUCAAGCAGCAGCUGAAGCAGGAGUUCCGAAGGAGCACAGGGGGAACAGAGAGCCUGGACCCGCUGACGGGUCUCUCCCACAACUACUACGGCACCCCCAGCUCGGGUGUCUCCUCCUCCCAGAGUUACUCCCAAAGACACUACCCCAAGACGGAGAAAUACAGCAUCAGCCGGCUGACCCUAGAGAAGCAGGCAGCCAAGCAGCUCCCGGCGUCCAUGCUGUACCAAAAGCACAAAGCCCCGCUGACCGAUCCCAAAGUCUCCAAGUACUCCUCGAUGCAAGACGGCAGGAGUCUGGAGACAGACUAUACCAGCUAUUUAGGGUCCAGUAACGUUAGUGCCUCUCCCAGAUCCAGCCGGCUCCUUCAGGACGAGAUCACCUUUGGACUACGCAAGAACAUUGCAGAGCAGCAGAAGUACCUGGGCUCCACGUUGGGUGCCAACUUGGCUGGCUCGCUCAACUUCGGCCAGAGCCUGGCCUUGGACUCGACUUCUUACCCCAGUGGCAGCCGGUCACGGCCCUCUUCUAGGCCCAACUCCGUCUAUGGCCUGGAUCUCUCACUCAAACGGGACCUAUCCAGUUCCUCUUUGAGGCUCAAGGGGGACGGUGAGGCGGCCUCAGAUAGUUACCAGAUGCCAUCAGGGCGUGCCAAGCCCACCAGCCUGCCCAUCGUGCAGGGCGGCCGGGGGCGCAUCCCCAUCGUGGCGCAGAACUCUGAGGAGGAGAGCCCGUUGAGUCCUGUGGGCCAGCCUAUGGGCAUGGCGCGGGCAUCGGCGGGGCCCCUGCCACCCAUCUCGGCCGACUCACGGGACCAGUUUGGUUCGUGCCUCUCCCUGCAGGACUCCCAGCAGCAGCAGCACCUGAGGGAAGAGCCAACGAGGGGGCGGGGCUACGUCUUGAUGGACGACCUCCAGGGCACCAUGUCGGACUGCGAAGCCCUAAGUGACUCCAUGCUGGCACUGAACAGAGAUGAUCCCCCACAAUCACAUGAGAAUAUCCCAAACGCCUACCACCUACAGCGAGAGGCAACGGACUGGUUUGACAAACCACGCGAGGGACGACCAGAGAACGGACAAGGGCCGGACAGGAGACAGGGGAAGGUUGUUUACUACCCCUUUCCUCACACCAGAGUCAAACUGCAGAGGGAUCCCAAGGACCGCAGCGUAUCAGGGAAUGGAUUGGGUAUCAGAGUGGUGGGAGGUAAAGAGGUUCCAGGGACCAACGGAGACAUCGGAGCCUACGUAGCUAAAGUCUUACCUGGAGGAGUUGCCCAACAGACUGGGAAGAUACUAGAGGGAAUGCAGGUGUUGGAGUGGAACGGGCUUCCUCUGACGGGGAAGACCUACGAGGAAGUGCAGGGGCUUGUGGUACAGCAGUGUGGCGAGGCAGAACUCUGCGUGAGACUAGAUCUGAACAUGCUGGCUGACUCUGAGGGCUCUCAGCACCUUGAUCUCCCAGACCAGAACAAACCAGGUGACAGACCCCCCAGGUCUCCGGGGGUGGAUCCGAAGCAACUGGCUGCAGAGCUACAGAAGGUGUCCCAGCAGCAGGCUCCUCCACCUACCACCGCCACGUCCUCCUCCUCCACGGUGGGGGGAGAGAAAGGACCCCACUCUGCCGUCUCAGGCGCCGCCUCGGCCACUUCUAGCGCCAUCCAGAGUCCGGGCCAGCCGGGGUCGCCCUCCGUCAGCAAGAAACGCCACAGCAGCAAGUCUGCGGACGCAGUGAAGACACAAUCCCACCCUGUUACUGGAGAGAUACAGCUUCAAAUCAACUAUGACAAGCAGCUGGGGAACCUGAUUGUUCACGUGCUCCAAGCCAGGAACCUGGCCCCCCGAGACAACAACGGCUACUCCGACCCCUUCGUCAAAGUCUACCUCCUACCGGGGAGGGGUCAGGUCAUGGUUGUCCAGAAUGCCAGUGCUGAGAAUAAGAGGAGAUCAAAACAAGCUGGCCAGAGUCUGAACCCAGAGUGGAACCAGACUGUUAUCUAUAAGAACAUCCACCUGGAACAGCUGAGGAAGAAGCUGCUGGAGGUGAGCGUGUGGGACUACGACAAGUGCUCCUCCAACGACUUUCUGGGAGAGGUGUUGAUGGACCUGUCCAACACAGCUAACAUGGAUAACGUCCCACGCUGGCUCCCUCUGAAGGAACAGAGUGAGGGAGAGCACCACCGGCGCUCUCUUUCAGCCCAGGGGCGCCAGCACUCCCCCAAGCCCCCCUCGCAGCACGCCUCCCCCAAAACCCCCGCCCACGGGAACCAGGACUCGCCCAAGCCCCCCUCGCAGCACGCCUCCCCCAAAACCCCCGCCCACGGGAACCAGGACUCGCCCAAGUCGUCGGUCAUCAAGAGCCGGAGCCACGGGAUCUUCCCUGAUCCAGCCAAGGACACGCAGGUGCCCACUAUUGAGAAAUCUCACAGUAGCCCCGGCACAUCGAAGCCUUCCCCGUCCGAGGGCCACAGCCAACAUACGCCACGUGCGGCUCCACGUGCGGCGCCUCGCAAAAGUGCAAGGCAACACCAGCAGGAUGGCGACGGCGGUGUCGCUGUAGCAACGGGUGAAGCUCCGGCUUCGCAGCAACAGCACCGCCUCCAACCAACACGGCCCGGCAGGUCCGGCGACGCCCAGGUAACAGCCGCCUCAUUGGACAGCGGUCUGAGUGGCAGUGCUUACAGCCUAUUGGAGGAUGAGGGUGGGACUAAUGCCGUGGACAGUGCCAUCUUCCAGGUCCCUCGGUUUGGGAAGAUUCCAAAUGGCACCGACGUGAUGAUGUCACCAAUGUCCAAUAUGGACUCUGAGGGUAAGACCCAGGUAAUGGGAGAGAUCAAGAUAGCUCUGAGGAAGGAGCUGAAGACAGAGGGAGACCAGCUGGUGUUGGAGAUCCUCCAGUGCAGAAACAUCACCUACAAGUUCAAGUCUCCAGACCACCUGCCAGACCUCUAUGUGAAGCUGUAUGUGGUGAACAUUGCGACCCAGAAGAGGAUCAUCAAGAAGAAGACCCGGGUAUGUCGUCACGACCGCGAGCCCUCCUUCAACGAGACCUUCAGAUUCUGCAUGAACCCCACCGGCCACUCUCUGCAGCUCUUCCUGGUGUCCAAUGGGGGGAAGUUCAUUAAGAAGACCCUGAUCGGAGAGGCCUACAUCUGGCUGGAUAAGGUGGACGUGCGGAAGCGAGUGGUCAGCUGGCACAAACUGCUGGCUAGCUCUGCUCAGAUCCACUCCUAAAGAACCUACAAUUAACCUUGUCUAUUCUAUAGGCUCUUAACUCACAGAGAGAAAGACGAGGAUGGCUAGGGCGCUCGAGUUUACUGUCUCCAUCACUGAUCCACUAUUUAUGGACGUACUGGACAUACUCACAGGUCCACCACUGGGGUGGGGGCGAGGACCGUUAGAGUGCGGGAGUUAGACAUCUCUUACGUAUCCUGUGGAUCUUGAGUUUUGGUGUCAAGGGUCAGGGGUCAGAGUUUGAAUUGCUUGAGCUGUGACUGGGGAUUGGGGAGAGAACCUUUGUUUGACAUGCAUUUGGCGAUAAGGGUCGUGGGGUGGAAGUAGGUAUGUGUUUACAGGAAAUUACCUUGUGUUUACAGGAAGUAGUGUAGCCAGGGGAGGGAGGAGGACAUUGAGGCAACAAAGCAAGAACAGAAUCAACCAGGUAUUACAUACACGCUCACACACACAGUCACAAACACAUUCAAACACACCACAAAGAAAGAUGAUCGUAAGAGACUGACACAUAAAUACAGGGGAUGGACACGUUUAAAUUCUCUCAUUGCUUUAUUUGACUGAAGAUGUUUUUAUUUAUGAAUGAAAUUAUAACUACCUGUGGAUUCCCCUCAUGGCAUUCUAUAUUGUUAGAAGAAUUUAAUUCAUUUAUGAAGCAUUUUGGGAAUUAAAUGUUGAAGAUUUAUUCUAUGGAGAUUGCACCUCUUAUUUUUGUAUUAUAAUUAUGAUUAUUAGAGUUUUAUUGAUUAUUCUCCUCAAUUGUUUAAGUACUGAAUGAUGAAUGAAGAAUUUUGAAUCCAGGGACGCACAGUAUAUUUUGUGACAUACUCUCACUUUAAUUCUAAUUGUCCAUUUGAAAUGACUCCCUCAUCUGGCCCUUGACAAGCAUGUUUUUACAUUUUGGGACAACAAUAUUUCCCUUUCUCUUCUUUCUCUAGAUGUAAAUUUAGAUGCUGAUAUAUCAGAUAUAUUAUAUAAACAUUGUUCUAAGUAUAAUUGGUGUGGUUUAAACAGACUGGGUAGUCUUGUGCACAGGGUCAUGUUUAUUAGGCACCAAAUGGAAGAAAACAGACUGAAACAAGGAGGGGACUACCUGCUGUUGUCCAGGAAGAAAUGCUCAUUUUAGUUUUCAGUUGCAAAAUGUUAAGGUUGGGUGACCUAAUGAACGUGACAGUGAAAAGUUGCAUUGUUGCCUAUGAGGUUGACUUUGUAUAUAGUUGAGUACACUGUCGUUGUGAGAGAUAAAUAGAUAUAUUCUUAUCACAGACAAUCCGUUGUGGAUGAUUGUGGCUUAAUGUAUUAUUUUUGGAAUGUGAAAUAUUGGGCACAGGUUUUAGCUGUGAUUCAAGCCUGUUUUUUCUCAUAGUAAGAUACACAGUGAACUGCUAUGCAUAAGACUAGCGUAGUUCUGACUUCUCCUUACAUUCACACAUUUGAAAUAUCUCUUCACAUGCACACUGUCAUGUUUUACUUAGCACUUUGUCAAGUUAUGGAAUGUAUAGAUGAAUAUACAGUAUGUCCCCACUCGUAGAGAAAUAUAUAUAUAUAUAUAUAUAUAAGUAUAUCAAAUGAAUAUAUUAAAUAAAUUAUAUAGUCAUAUAUUAUAGUAAUAUAAUAUAGUUGACCAUAUAGUAUAGUAAAGUGUGUCCCAUGGUUCAUAUAUCAGGGUCCCCUCCAAACAGUUGUCUAUCUAUACAUUGGAUGGGUGGGUGGGGUGGGGGAGUUAGUGGAUGCGGUAUGCUUUGGACUGUUUCUGUUGGUAUGUCUAUCUCCAUCACAUGUCUAGGUACAAACUAUCCUAUUGGGGUUCUCUGUUUGUCUAUGGGGAGAGGUUGGUAGCUGGGGCUAUUGUUUGUAGGUGAGUUCAAUCAAAGUUGCUUUGAUUAAGAAAUGCUACAAUGAUUACAUUUUGGUAUUUUUUUCAUAGUCCUGGUGACACAUUAUUUUGCUAUGGGCUGGUGUGCAUCUCUAAGCUAUGGACCUGUGAGGUUUGAAGGUGUGUAACAUGGCUUUCAGUUGAAAGGACACACUCAGAGUGAUGUCCUGCCUAGGGUCAAGGUGUGUGAGGGCUGGUUGGUUUGAUAGUGACCUUUUGACCUUUGAUCUUUGCCAAACAUUGACCAAACACCACAGGUUUUAUCCAGCUGAUUCUAUGCAACAUAGACUUCGUGUUGUGUCUGACUUAUAUGAGUCAAUCUAGAUUCUACAGUCUGAGUUAGCAAUGCAUUUUAAGGGACAAUGGGUUAUUCUGUUUGUGUAUUGUUCACAUGUAUAUUUUUUUUUACUGCUUUCAAGUUUGGGAAUGAAUAAGAACAUAUAACUUUUAAGAUUUGAUUUGUAUAAGUAUGCUUUCUCAUACUGUUAAAUGCAACUUUAUUUAUUGCACAUAAGCUGUUGUUUUCAUAUGUUUUUUACAUCAUCACAUGUUAGAUGUACAGUACAUAGCUAAUUGGAAAGGUAUUUUGUUUUCAGCAAAAUUAUCCAGUGCUUGUAUUUCAACCCAGAAUCUCAGUCUUCAGCCCAAUGUCCCAGCAGACUCUCUCACACACACACACACACACACACACACACACACACACACACACAGUAGUGACUCAUUUACAUUUACAUUUUAGUCAUUUAGCAGACGCUCUUAUCCAGAGCGACUUACAGUAGUGAAUGCAUACAUUUCAUACGUUUUUUUUUUUUCCUGUGCUGGCCCCCCGUGGGAAUCGAACCCACAACCCUGGCGUUGCAAACACCAUGCUCUACCAACUGAGCUACACAUAGACUAGAAUCUAAGGAUACACUUUCUUAACACCAGAGACACAUUCCCACCAGAUUCCAGCUUUUCACUGAGUUUUUACGCACCCCCACUUUUAAAUAGUUUGUAUUUUUCCAGUAUAUAUGUAAUUUGAAAAAUGACCAAAAAAAGUUGAACAAUGUAAUGACUUGAUGUUCUAUCUAAAAUGGUUACCCACCUGAGAUGGAUCCUUUUUGAUACAAGCGUGGGUGAGUAGUUUCUCCAUACCACACCAUGCAUGGCCAAGUCCUCCUGAAAGUGACCUCCCUUUCCUAUGUGUGUGGUCUAGCUAAGAUAUACACACACACACACACACACACACACACACACACACGGAAAUGCCAUCUCUUUGUUUCCUACCUUGUAAAUACAUAUAUUUUUUUUCUACAAGAGGAAACCGAAAUAUUUCCUUGAUAUCUGACAUUAACGCAUAUGAUCACGGGAUGAAAACACAAGCAGUAUGUUACUCUCUUGACAUGGCAGAAUACCUACAGGAGUUAGAUGGAGUAAAGACCUUAUAAACCUUGUCCUUACACCGGACACAACAGAGUUUUACCAGAGUAUACAAACACAGACAAACCUUAUCUUAUCAACUCAAGUAGUUGCAGGAGAAUUUAAAUGUGCUCACAACAAUGGAUGUUGCAUGUUUAGUUGGUGGUUCGUUCAUACUAUUUUUGUGUCCAGAAAUUCUAUUUAAAAAGAAAGAUAGACAGAGAGAUCAAACGUUACGAGGGGAACGAAAUUCUGAAGAAUAAUUCUCAGAUUAUUUAAAGAUGUAUGCUGACUGUACAAAGAUUAUGCUUGUAAAAUCCGUCUGGUUUUCCACUUCUAUGUAAACAGAAAAAUCUAAUGUCAUGGUUUUGUGAUUGUACACAGGAGGUAUUGAUAAAUUAUGCAAAUUGUGCUGUAAAAACAACGGCUGUUGCCCCAAGUCUAAAUAUUAAAUAUCUGUACAAAUAAAACAAGGUGGGUGUUUCUUUGUA